ACGUCUUUAAAGUCCAGUAAAAAGAAGAAAAGGACGUCACUGAAAUGCAACAAGUCAAGCAAGAAGGGAGCAGAGCUCCAAGAUGGCCGCUGGAAGCCCUUCCUGGUGAAGCCUCUCCCCUCUCAGCUCAUGAAGCCUCUGCUGGUGUUCGUGAAUCCAAAGAGUGGCGGAAACCAGGGAGCCAAGAUCAUCCAGUCUUUCAUGUGGUAUCUGAACCCUCGGCAGGUGUUUGACCUGACGAAGGGAGGACCCAAAGAGGGGUUGGAGCUGUAUGCCAAAGUGCCCAACCUGAGGAUCCUUGCCUGUGGGGGAGACGGGACAGUGGGCUGGAUCUUGUCAGUGUUGGACCAGCUGAAGCUCCGUCCUCAGCCCCCCGUGGCCAUCCUUCCUCUGGGGACGGGCAAUGACCUGGCGAGGACUCUCAACUGGGGAGGGGGUUACACCGAUGAACCAAUAACAAAGAUCCUCUCGCACGUCGAGGACGGAAACAUCGUCCAGCUGGAUCGGUGGAACUUGAACGUGGAAGCGAACCCCGAGGCCCGACCGGAGGACCAGGACGAACAUCAGACAGACAAGCUUCCUAUUGACGUCUUCAACAAUUACUUCAGUCUGGGCUUCGAUGCUCACGUCACGCUGGGCUUCCAUGAAUCCAGAGAGGCGAACCCGGAGAAGUUUAACAGCCGCUUCAGGAAUAAGAUGUUCUAUGCAGGAACAGCCUUCUCAGAUUUCCUGAGCGGGAGUUCAAAAGACCUCGCCAAGCACAUCAAAGUGGUGUGUGACGGUACAGACCUGACGGCCAAAGUCCAGGAGAUGAAGUUACAGUGUCUGCUCUUCCUCAACAUCCCCAGGUACUGUGCUGGCACCAUGCCCUGGGGGCAUCCCAGUGAACAUCAGGACUUUGAACCACAGCGUCACGACGACGGCUGCAUCGAGGUCAUCGGCUUCACAAUGACGUCUCUGGUGAGCCCUCAGCUACCACCUCAGACCACCUGA